UGUACGCAGCUACGCCACCUUCGCAAGGUUUUGCUGAAGAGAAGGAACCUACAAAGAAGAAGAAGACGAUGACAUUGAUGAAUAGGUCGCCCUACUUCUCUCUCUUGUCCAAAGCCCUUGCCUUCGUCCCUUGCUGUCGUCCUGCCGAUGCUGCCCUUUUUCUCGCAACCCAUUCUUACUCCGCCGCCUCCGGUGCUCCACAGAGCAGCUUUAUGGCUGAAUACCUGGUCAGCACCUGUGGCUUCGAUCCUGAUCAGGCGGCCAAGGCCUCGAAGCUCGUCGGCCGCAUCGAAUCCCGCCACCAGCCUGACUCCGUCCUUGGCUUAUUUAAAAGCUACGGUUUUGACAACACCCAGGUGAAAAAGGUUAUAUCUACAAAACCCCAGUGGCUUCUCCUCGACGUGGAGAAGACCGUGGCCCCAAAGUUGCGAGCUUUGCAGGAUCUGGGCUUCUCCUGCUCCGACAUCACCCAACUCGUCAGAUCGAAUAACUCCGUCGUCAGCCACAAAGCCCAGACCAUCGUGUCCAAGAUCCAAUUAUGGCAAGGCCUCCUCGGGUCCAAUGACGUUUUGGUGAAGUUGUGGAAGAAUAACAGGUGGUUUCUCGGGUUUAGCAUCGAGAAGAGGAUCCAGCCUAACAUUGAGAUUCUAAGGGAUUGCGGGAUCACGGGUCAGAAGCUCUCAAUGAUCCUACGGCGCCACCCCCGACUCAUAAUCCAGAAGGCUGAAGUCCUUAAGGCGUCAAUCAGGGAUGUCGAGAAUUUGGGAGUAGCUUGUUCCUCAGGGAUGCUCAUCCAGACUCUCAAGAUGCUCCACAGCAUCUCCGAGAAGAAUUUCAAGGCUCACUUAGAGUUCUUCAAGGGCUUCGGGUGGUCCGAGGAUGAUUUCCUUGCUGCAUUCAGAAAGGCUCCUACGCUUGUGGGAUUUUCUUUAAAGAGUUUGCAGAGGAAGAUGGAGUUCUUGGUAAAUGAAGUUGGAUGUGCUCCAUCUUAUCUUGCACUUCGGCCAGUUUUUUUGUUGAUGAGUUUGGAGAAAAAGUUGAUGCCGAGGCAUCGGAUUGUGACAGGCCUGAAGUCUAGGGGAGUUUGCAUCAGUAACCUUAGUAUGUCUACAUACAUGAAAUAUCCAGAGAACAAAUUUCUGGAGAAGUUCAUCAACUGCUACAAGGAGUAUCCAGAACUCAUUGAGUUGUAUAAUGGAGCCCCCGAAAACAGAACUGCACUUUGAUCGUGGAAAUGCAUAAUGCAUAUCUCAUAAGCUUUUGCACCAGCAAGUAGGCACUUGGUCAAAUUACACUGACGCACUGCUUACACUUGUUGAGUUAUCGGGAUCCAGAGAAGUUUUAGAUGACUUGCACCCUAACGCAUGUAGAGAUGUUUUCCUGACAAAGGCUUGACUCGUUAUCAGGGAAGAAUUAUACAUGUACUUUCCUGCCUCAGAACUAGUUGCUGGAUAGGGUCAGGUUCUCAGUAGGAAAAGACUGAUGCUCUUUGCAAGGCUUGAUAAUUUUUAUUUAUGGGGGAUUUUGUCUCUAAAAGGACUGAGAUCCUUUCAACUUGUGGAACUAUAUAUGUUCUAGGUUUUUUAUGCGCUCUAAAAUUGCUUGCUAAACAAGAAGAUCAAUUUAUUUUUUCUCGUUAUUAUCA